UGUAGAACAAAGAAGAUGGCCCUCCUUGUAGCUCUGGGACUCUUGAUAGCAGUUAUCUGCCUUGUUGUUCUCUGCAUUACAUAUGGCACAUUGGGAAGGGACAUCGAAGUCCAUGAAGACCAAAACAAUGGGACAAAAAUGGACAGUCUGAAACUGGCCUCCGUCAACACUGACUUUGCCUUCAGCCUCUACAGGGAGCUGGUUUUGAAGAAUCCAAAUAAAAAUAUUCUCUUCUCCCCAUUCAGCAUCUCAGCUGCCUUGGCCAUCCUAUCUCUAGGAGCAAGCAGCAACACCCUGGAAGAGAUUCUAGAAGGUCUCAAGUUCAAUCUCACAGAAACCCCUGAGGCAAACAUCCACAGGGGCUUUGGGCACCUCCUCCACACGCUCAGUCAGCCAGGAGACCAGAUAAAUAUCAGCAUAGGCAGCAUGAUGUUUGUUGAAAAGCGCCUACAGAUCCUGGCAGAGUUCAAGGAGAAGGCAAGGGCACUGUACCAGUCUGAGGUCUCCAUGACUGACUUCCAGCAGCCUGAUGAGGCCAAAAAGCUCAUUAAUGACUAUGUGAGGAAACAGACCCAGCAGAAGAUCAAAGAACUAAUGUCAGAACUGGAUGAGUGUACAGUAAUGGUGCUGGUGAAUUACAUCUACUUUAAAGGAAAAUGGAAUACGUCCUUUGACCCUGAAGACACAUUUGAGUCUGAGUUCCACUUGGGCAAUAACAGGUCUGUGAAGGUGCCCAUGAUGCACAUUGAAGAUCUGACCACACCCUACUUCCAGGAUGAGGACCUGUCCUGCUCUGUGGUGGAGCUGAAGUACAUAGGCAAUGCCAGCGCCCUGUUCAUCCUCCCUGAUGAGGGCAGGAUGCAGCAGGUGGAAGCCAGCUUGCAACCAGAGACCCUGAGGAAAUGGAAGGACUCUCUGAGGCCCAGGAUGAUCGAUGAUCUCUACAUGCCCAAGUUCUCCAUCUCCACUGACUACAGCCUGGAGAAAAUCCUUCCACAGCUGGGCAUCAGGGAAGUCUUCUCCAAAGAGGCUGACCUGUCUAGGAUCACAGGAGCGAAGGACCUGAUAGUCUCUCAGGUGGUCCACAAGGCUGUGCUGGAUGUGGCUGAGACAGGCACAGAAGCAGCUGCCGCCACAGGAGUCAAAUUCACCCUCAGGUCUGCAAUAUUGGACCCAUUUAUUUUGAGUUUUGACAGGCCAUUCCUGAUGAUUAUCUUUGACACAAAUACUCAGACUCUACUCUUUUUGGCCAAGAUCACAAACCCUAAAAGAGGCUAGAACUUCCUAAGUGGUGAGCCUUCUUCCUGGGAGCCAGGAAUUGAGCCUGUAUGUGGAUCUCUAUGUGCAUUUUGGCCUCAAUGCUCUAAAUAGCUGUGCCAUGCCUGGAUUGGACAGUGACAGUGACAGUGACUAACUAUGACUCAAACAUACA